AAUGAUCAUAACCGCGACCACAAUAGGCUAGAACAUAAAAAAAAAAUGGAAGAAAAUCAUAAGGAAAACAAUUCAGGGAAGCCAUUAAGAAUUGUACAUUUUGAUUGUAAAGAUGGAAAAUUUAAGGCAGACCCAGAGGCCCUUCAUCUUCUUCAACAAAUUGAAGGACCUGUUGCUGUUGUUUCCAUUUGUGGCCCUGCUCGCCAGGGCAAAAGCUCCAUCUUCAACCAGCUUCUUGGUAGGAGCACUGGCUUUCAAGUCGGGUCAACCCAUCAACCAUGCACCGAGGGACUUUGGAUGUGGAGUACACCAUUGAAGAAAACGACAUUGGAUGGAACUGAGUACAAUCUAUUACUGUUUGACAGUGGAGGAGCCAGUUGUUAUGAUCAAACAGGAAUGUACAACACGCAGAUAUUUUCCUUGGCAGUCCUCUUGUCAAGCUUGUUUGUCUACAAUCAGGUAGGUGUUAUUGACGAAGCUGCACUUGAUCAUCUCUCUCUUAUCACUGAAAUGACAAAGCAUAUUCAUCGUAUAGCAUCUGAAGGAAAGGACAUUGUCUCUGAAUUCGGACAUUUCUCCCCAACCUUCAUUUGGCUUUUGAGGGACUUUUAUUUGGACUUGACAGAAGAUAAUUCAAAAAUAAAAGCACAUGAUUAUCUAGAACUCGCCUUGAAGCCAGUUCUAGGUAGCGGAAGAGAUGCUGAUGCCAAGAAUCGGAUUCGUGAGUCCAUUCGAGCUGUUUUUCCAUCUAGAGAGUGCUUUUCUCUUGUCCGUCCUUUAGACAACGAAGCGGACCUUCAACAUCUUGACCAAGUUUCAUUGGACAAUUACCGGCCAGAAUUCCGACCCGGGUUUGAUUCUUUUGCAAAUUUUGUUUAUGAGAGAACUAGGCCUAAGCAAGUAGGAGAUUCUAUGAUGACAGGACCUUUGCUUGCUGGUAUCGCAAAAUCAUUCCUGGAUGUUCUUAACAGCUCUGCAGCUCCUAUAAUAUCUUUCUCAUGGCAGGUCAGCACAAGAGAUUCAUUAAUCGAGACUGAUUUGCAAUGUUCAAAUGCUAUACAAAGCAUGGAAAAGAAAUUGCAAGAAGCUUGCCUAACUACAGAUGCAAGAGUUGAAAAUGUUGCCAUGGUUCUUGAAAGUCUUCUGUCUGAGUGUGAAGAAUUAAUUCAUGGUCCAACAAAAUGGCAGAAGCUCUUUUCCUUUUCGCAAAAGAGCUUGCAAGGUCCUAUUCGCCAGCAUACCCAGAAGCAGAUAGAUGAGGCAUCUUUAAACAACAGCUCCCUCAUGUUGAAAUGUCACUCACUUGAAAAUGUGAUUGAAACACUUCAUAAGCAGCUAGAAGCAAGUGAGAAGUCAAAAAAUGAAUAUCACAAGUGUUAUGAAGAUGCCAUAAAUGACUUCAAGAGGCUGUCUGAUCAGUAUAAGAGACGUAUAGUUGAUUCCGACAGUAAGUUCAGCCCAUUGGAGGAGAGUUGCUCUAGUUCACUGGAAAUGUUGGAUUCUGCCAAGCAGGAAACCUUGGAAUGGAAGAGAAGAUAUGAAGAGAUGUUGAUGACAACGAGAGAAGCUAAUGACAAGGCUAAUAAUGCCGGUGCAUCUCACAAUUCUGGAAUUUGCGAAGCUGAAGCAAGAAAUUCUGCAGCUGCUGAACAAUUUCGAUUAGCUUUGAAAGAGGCAAGUGAAUGGAAAGAGAAGUAUGAUCUUGCUAUUAGUGAAGCCAAGGCUGCUAGAGAGAAAGCGGCCGAGCUGGAAAAACUUAUGGAAGAGAAUGCUGCUGCUGCUGAACAAUCUCGACUUGCUCUGAAAGAGGCAACGGAAUUGAAAGAAAAAUAUGACAUUGCUACUAAUGAAGUUAAUGCUGCAAGAGAAAAGGCAGCCGAGCAGGCAAAACUCAGAGAAGAAGAUGCUGCUGCUGCUGCUGCUGAACAAUCUCGGCAGGCUUUCAAAGAGGCGAAAGAGUGGAAAGAGAAGCAUGAUAUUGCUAUGAAUGAAAUCGAGGCUGCAAGAGAGAAGCUCAUUCAGCUGGAAAAACUGAAAGAAGAGGAAGCUUCUGCUGCUGGUGAACGAUCUCGACUGGUUUUGGAAGAGGCAACAGAAUGGAAAGAAAAGUACGAUAUUGCUAUUAGUGAAGCUAAGGCUGAUAGAGAGAAGGCAGUUGAGCAGGAAAAAGUUAUGGAGAAAAAAGUUGCUGCUACUAGUGAUCAAUCUCGGCUGGUGUUGCAAGAGGCAACAGGAUGGAAAGAGAAGUAUGAUAUUGCAGUUAACGAAGUCAAGGCUGUUAGAGAGAAGGCAGACCAGCGGGCAAAAGCUAUAGAAGAGGAAGUUGCCACCGCCGCUGAACAAUCUCGGCUGGCUUUGCAAGAGGCAACGGAAUGGAAAGAGAAGUACAAUAUUGCUAUUAGUGAAGCUAAGGCUAAUAGAGAGAAGACCGUCGAGCAGGCAAAAGUUAUAGAGAAAGAAGUUGCUGCUGCUAGUGAACAAUCUCGGUUGGCGUUGCAAGAGGCAAGGGAAUGGAAAGAGAAGUAUGAUAUUGCUGUUCACGAAGUCAAGGCUGUUAGAGAGAAGGCAGACCAGCGGGCAAAAAUUAUAGAAGAGGAAGUUGCUGCCGCUGCUGAACAAUCUCGGCUGGCUUUGCAAGAGGCAAAGGAACGGAAAGAGAAAUAUGAAAUUGAUAUUAAUGAGGCCAAGGCUGCUAGAGAGAAAGCUGCCGAGCAGGAAAAAGUAAUGGAAGAGGAUCUGAGAACCAAACUCGCCAAAAUUUUGUCAGAUAAGGAUGAGGAAAUGAAGGACAAGACGGCUAAGCUAGAAGAGGCUGAGCAAAGAAUAACCACUUUGAAUUUAGACUUGAAGGCUGCUGAAGCGAAGGUAGAGAAUUAUGUCUUCGAAUCAUCAGCUUUAAAGUUUCAACUGAAACAGUUGGCUGAUAAGUAUAACAGUGUAAAAGCCGCUGCUCUAUUAACAGAGAGUGAGGUGAAGAGUCUGAUGGAGGACAAGAUACAAUUGGAGAAGACGUAUAUGUCCGAGUUAAAAAGAUUCGAAGAAACACAUGAGAGUCGCGAAAUUGCAAACGAGCAAGUUAAGGUAACAAAUGAGUUCAUUGAAGCCGCUCAAUCAGAAGCGCUAGCUCUGGAAGAGGAAAAACACAACUCUCAUCCGCUUGCAACAGAUAGGCUUCAUACCCAGAUUCCGGAAGGAGAAAAGGUGGAUCGUACAGGUGAAUUCAAUAGGUCUGCCACAUUGGAAGGUUGUGCCAUGUCAAAGAUUACCUUGCUAGAAGCGAUGGUUAGAGAGAGAGAUGAAGAGAUAGAGUUGUUGAAAAAGAAGAACGAGCAGUGUGUAAAUGCAGUCCCGACACCCCAGAACAAUUUCAAGUCUGAGCUUGCAGCGGAAAUAGAAGAAAAGAAAAUGGAGAAAGAAUUACUUGAACAAGAAUCAACUCCAUACCAUUCAUAUGGAUAUGCAAAGAGCUCUGUGCUUAAAACUUUAUCUGGCAGGAAACGCUCAAAUCUUGAAGUUUCAGAUACGAGUUUCUAUUCCGUCAAGAUGGAGACUCGUGAAGAAUUCAGCAUGGAAAUGAAAAAACCGAAGAGCAGUUCAGCUUUGGCAAAAUGCACGACUUCUGAAAUAGAUUCUGUUUUCAAGACAAGUGAAGAAGACGGGGAAUGUGAGAAGACUGCUUCAGCUGACUACACCAAAGUGUCUAUGUGGAAACUCCGGCAAGAGCUCAAUGAACGUGGUUUUGGUCAAGAAGUGCAAAAGCUGAGACAUCCCAAAAAGGCAGAAAUCGUUGCUCUUUACGAAAAGUUUAUCCUGAAGAAGUAACAAUUCUUAACUUUUCUAGGAUACUGUGUUUUUGAAAGAAUUGCUCGGGAAAGGUUUGCCUGUAUAUGCAUAUGAACUUGCUAGUUGUAAAAUGUAAGUAGGUGAAUUCAUUUUGAAAUGAUGAUCCAUAAUGAUCAUCUGUUGGCAUUGCUAGCAGUCGAAUUCUAAGGAUAUGGUCUAAAAAAUCUCUUAGGAGAGAUUAGAGAAUUAAACUCUCCCUGGUCAUGCAAUGUCAUUGAGAAUUGCUUGAAGAAUUUUUGAUAUAGUAUGUAAAUAUAUACUUACUGAUAGAUAUAUAUCGAACCACCGAGUAAUUUAGACUAA